UGGUGAAAAUGAUGUCUGACUGGGACUACUCAAAGCGGUGGACAGACAGAAGAGGAUAGAGGACAUCGCUGCUUGUACCUCUAAUGUCCAUUCGCAGUACAGCGUCACCUGUAGGUUCCGAGUAAUACUGCAGCGCCUCCUCUCCUUCCUACUCUCCAAUGUUCACAGCUCGGCCGGAGCCCGUCGUCUUCCCGGCUCCAUUUCAACUGGAUUUUUAACACUCCUAACCAGCCAGAUCAGGACAGGACCGCGUCUAAGGUGGAAAAUGUCCAGUGAAAGGCAACGGUCAGAUGAUGAAAGUCCCAGCACCAGCAGUGGUAGUUCUGAUGCAGAUCAGAAAGAUCCACCUGUGCCAGAACCAGAGGAGCAAGAGGAGAGAAAACAACCCACGCCUCUACAACAGCAGAAGAAAUCCACCAAACUGUCCAGCAAAACAACAGCCAAAUUAUCCUCCAGUGCAAAGAGAAUCCAGAAAGAGCUUGCAGAAAUCACUCUGGAUCCACCGCCCAACUGCAGUGCUGGGCCGAAGGGUGACAACAUCUAUGAGUGGAGAUCAACCAUCUUGGGGCCUCCAGGUUCAGUGUAUGAGGGGGGCGUGUUCUUUCUGGAUAUCACCUUCUCUUCUGAUUACCCCUUCAAGCCACCAAAGGUCACGUUCCGUACAAGGAUCUAUCACUGCAACAUCAACAGUCAGGGUGUGAUCUGUCUGGACAUCUUGAAGGAUAACUGGAGCCCAGCGCUGACCAUCUCUAAGGUCCUGCUAUCCAUCUGUUCCCUGCUGACAGACUGCAAUCCUGCGGAUCCUCUGGUGGGAAGCAUAGCUACUCAGUACCUGACCAACAGAGCGGAGCAUGACAGGAUAGCUCGACAGUGGACCAAGAGAUAUGCCACAUAAACAGCAACCGCUGACACCAAGACCCCACUCUCCCAAUCCCUCCAUACCACCCAACCCAAACCCGACCCAGCUUCCCUUUGUCCCCUUCCCUCAAUCUUCCUCCACCAACACCCCAGUUCCCAUGAACUGCAGGAGUGUAAAGAUCCAGGAGAGGCAACUUUACAACGUGCAACAAAUCUUUAUAGCCUUUACAAUACGGACUUCUGUGUAUAUGUCAUACUGAUUCUACCCCGUGUUUUUACCCAAUACGGACUGGGAGCGCAGACAGAACCCGCCAUGGUAAAGCCUGCUGGAGUAGAAUUUUGUAGCUGUAGAUUUAGUUCUGUUUUAAAGCCUACUUGCAAGUCUUGCUUCUUUGGGAUAUUAAAAAUGUAUUUUGUGAUGUAAUAAGGAAAAUGUUCCUAAAGUCAACCAAAUAUUAUGGUGCAUUUUAACCUAUAAUUCAUUAUCUGUUUGAAGUCAAAGAAAACAACAACAAAAAGAUGAAAAAAAAAUGAAAAAACAAGUUGUAGAUUAUUAGAAAUGAUGUCAUUUAUAUGAGACCCACACUCAUUUCCAGUUCUGUGGUACAUGCUGUUGUGAAUCUGUUUUACCUUUGUCAGUUUGUAAUGAAGAGAUCUCAUUGAACGUUUUGUAGCUCAGCUGAAAUGAGCCACCACUGUAACUUCCCCUCAAACACAAUAAAUGAGAAACCAGUCCCUGUG